CAGCCUGUAAACCAGAAGCGCGAUUGAGGUGGAUGAAUAUCAGAGUACCAGAGGGUUAGGGCCCAGCUGUUGUGAACGCGCCGGGAUCAAAAUCAACCCCAGUCAGCUUACGACUGUUUAUCGCUCUUCUGAAUCAUACCUGCAGCUCUCGGAGUUAUUGCGUUUGAUUGCGGUUCGGUUUGAAGUUGUGUUUUAUUUGAACUUUGAGGAUUAGUUUGCGUCUGAACGAUACGAAUCAUGGCGACGAGCAGUCAGCGCAGUAUUCUUCAUAUCCUGCGACCGGCUGAUUCGCUCGCGGACGCUGCGCCAGCAGGAUCACCGCAGCAGCAGCAGCAGCCGAUAAUACAACCGCAGCAGAUGCAGCAGCCACAGCAGAUGCAGCAGCCCGCGUUUGUGCCGGUGCCGGUGCCGUUACCGUUAUAUCCAAUGCCAUUCCCAAUGGGCAUGCCGUUCCCGAUCCCGCCAGCCCCGCUGCAGAUGCCUCAAGCGCCGGCGACCGCCUCGCCUUCUGUUUCUGGAGGAAAGAGUAUACUCAACAUGAUCCGCAGUCCAGCGCCUGGAACGCCGUCUACGCCGUCUUUUGGCGCCGGUGUGCAGCAGCUACAACAGCUACAGCAGGCGCCGUCCACGCCUACACCAGUCCCGCGCGCAUCGACAAAGACAAUGACGGCGGCAAGCGACAGCGGGAGUCCGUACGUCACAUAUCAGCAAAACACUGGCGCGCCUCAGACGGCGGCGAUCACUGAGGCCGAUAUGUUUCUGCGGUCGCUGCAGAAAUCAAAGCCGGUGGUGUCGGCGGCUAGCACGCCCAGUCUGUCGGCUGAUCUGCUUGUGGCUGGGGGCGUUCAGUCUGAAGCUGCAGCGACGGGGAAGAGCGACAAGAAGAAGAGCAAGAAGAAGAGCAAGCAAAUGAAAGCGGACAGUGACUUUGUGGACCAAGUGCCCUCGCCCGAGCAGCUCAAUUUCGAAGUUCUGCAGCGGCACGAUCCCGAGAUUUCAGAGGUGUUGGUGAAGAGUGCGCAUGCGGUGCUGUACAAGUUUGUGUCGGACACGAAUGCGUGGGAAAAACUGUCGUGUCAGGGCGCGUUGUUUAUAUACUCGCGCGGGCCGAGGACGGUGCUGGAUGAAGGUUUUAUCCCCGUUGCAGGAACGCAGAUCGAGAACGCAGGUCCGGUCAGCCAUGCGCUUUGUAUUUUAAACCGGCAGUCGUUGAAGAAUUUCUAUCUGCGGUUAGAAGACGUGACGGACGUGGAGCGGUUGGAUGAGUUUGUGAUGCUGCGGUCACCGUACGGCGCGGUCGAGCCGUGGGAGCUUUCGUACGAAGACCCGAAUGCGCCGAAGCAGCCUGAUGUGUGGGGCCUUUGGAUCUACGACAAAGAUGAUCGCGAGAAAGUCGAGCAGCUGUGUCGGGCGUAUGCGUUCCAGAGCCGCGUGGAGGUUGGCGAGCAAUCCGUGCUGGAGGGCCGGUUGCAGGGCUUAGAGCUACGCGCGGAACAGCAGCCACAGCAGGCGGCUAACAACGGCGAGGUGUUGAACUUGCUGUUUCAGAAGGCUGUUGAUCGGUUCGUGAGCGUGAACGGGGAGGACGACGAAUUUCCGAGUGUGCGGCGGAAGAAGAGGCGGUAGACCAACUCUUGUACAUUCUGGCUGCUCUUCUUGUUUUGCUUGUUUUGCUUAUGGGUGCGUUUGUCGGUAUCGGUUUGUAACAUUGCUUUACUAGACGUGUCCGGUCUGUGUGGUUUUUUGUUGUGUAUGGAUUGGAUUUUUGGCAUCUCUUGUUGCUCAUUCUGCUUUGCUUGCUUUUGUUGAAUAGUUUUGGCAUCCGUGUGGGGUUCUGAGCGAAGGAUAGUGCUUGUCUUGUUUGUAUAGUAUAUACUGCUGAAAAGCCUGAUGUAUUUUUAUUCAGUGGGAGACAAGGUCGGUAUCGGUAUCUCCGAGGUGGUAUACAAAGAUUGGUGACGCAACAACGGGCGAGAGCGACACAGCAAUCAAAUUGAAUCCUGCAGUUAUUUCUAUUACGACAUUACUUUGCGCAAUUCUUUACACCAAUUGCAACUUCUUCGUG